AUGUCAAAUACGACAACAAUCACUGAAACAAAAACCAGCGAAGAACCAUCUUCAUCUUCUUCUCCAAAUCACCUCGUUCUUCGACUUGGAGCUCAACCAUCAACAGCAGACAAGAAACAUGUUGUUUGGUCGACUGAAACCGUGGAUAAUGAAGGAAUGGGAAAAAAGAAUAGCAAAUGUUGUUGUAUCUACAAAAAACCGAAAAAUUGGCAGGAUUCGAGCUCGGAUUCGGAUUCCGAUUGUGAAACUGGACAUUGUCGAGGACAUGUUGAAAAGAAAAAAGAGAAGAAUACAUAA